GUGUACGUUAGCAAACUUGAUAACUGCAUCUAUAAGAAACAAUUAUUGAAUUAACUAGAUAUAAUGUUAGUUUUGCAUAUUGCCAGCCACUUAGAGUAUUUUCAUUGGUUUAUGAUACGCAAAACGUAAAAGCAUAAACACAUUCAACGGCAACGCAAAGUGAUAGUGUAUUGUGCCCUUGUUGGUAUUGCGUAUUAUUAGGAAAUAGUUAGCAAUUUGCAAUAAUGUCUGUGUACAGCAGCAAAACGGGCGUUACGUCCAUAUUAAAAUCCUUCUCCAGCGCGGAUAGGGAACGCGCAAAGACGGCUGCACUAAACAAAGUGCGCUUUGAGACGCCCAAAGAAAAGGGUAUUGUCGAAUCUGUGCGUGUGGCACUGGAGGAGCAGAAUUUCCAUUUGAUACAAGAGUUUACAUACUUUCUAAGCGAAGCUGAUCUCAGUGAUGAAGAGGUAAUACAAAUAUUCAAAGAUGCACGCAAAAUUGUGCACAGUCUGUCGCCAAAGUUUGCCAAUUUGGUCGAGGCACUCCUGUCACUUAACUGGAAAAAGCGCAGCACAGAGGCUAUACAAGCGUAUACGGAAUUCAGCGUAGAUGUUAUGGUGGCGCACAAUACAUAUAUACACAUAGGCAUGAAUAAGUUGAUACUCAAUUGGAUACCCUCUGACUUGGAAUCGGCUGACUGGGUGAAUGGUUACCCCUCGGAGCGUGUGCGUGCUGAUCUGGAGACUGUGCAUAGUGUACUUAAUCGUAUACUGACAGCUGUGCCAAUGGCUUUUGAUGUCGUCGUCGACACCAUUGCGGCAAAGUUUCCAUACUUUAAGAAAGCCACACAUGUCACAGCCGGCUAUUUGCACAAUGUGCUUUGGCUUAUGGAAUACAAGCCAGUUUUCGAGGAACUGUUGUUGCAAUUGGUACUACAAAAGCUACUCAUUUUGGAUGUGCAUGCGCCGCGUGACGAAAUCGAAGCCAUGAAGGAGGAUUCUGAUGAUGAGGAUAAAAUGGAUGACGAUGCAUUGUUUCAUAUGGACGAUGUUAAUGACCAUCCUAAGCCAGAAAUACCUGUGGCACAUCUUGAGCAUCCCAUAGGUCAAAUGCUGGACAUUUGCCUUCUAAAAUUUUUCAAGUUCCUAGACGACAAGUGCCGACCACAGCCCAAUAGCACCGAGGAGCAACGAAUAGCCCAGAGCCGUUUCUUCAAGACACUUGUACGCACCUUUGAUGAAGUGCUCUUGCCUACGCACAAUACACACCACGUACAGUUUGUGAUCUUUUAUGUGUGCAGUUUACGACCUGCCUAUGCGGAGGCAUUUCUCAGCACGCUCUGGCAAAAGGUGCAGAAUCCAAAUGUUUCCUCCAUCAUACGCCAUCAAUCAGUUAGUUAUAUAGCCAGUUUCCUAGCACGCUCCAAAUUUGUGCCGUUAAGCACCAUUAUAUACUAUCUGAAGGAGAUGAGCGCAUGGGCGAAUUCUUAUAUAAAUGAUUCAGAUGAAUUUAGCAGCAAAAACUGCUCGCUUAAAGCUAAUAUGGUUUUCUUCUCCGUCUGCCAGGGCAUGUUCUAUUUGAUUGCCUUUCGCGCUCGUGAUCUGACUAUUAAUCAAAAAAAUUUAGCAAUGCUGAAUACACUGCAGCUAUCUCGUCUGGCAAUGUGUCACUUCAAUCCGCUGAGAUACUGUCUACCACCCGUGGCCACAGCCUUUGCAGGCGUCACUCGUACCUAUCAACUAGCAUAUUGUCAUACGGUGCUGGAGCGUAAUGCCCGACGCAAAUUGGCCACUAUUUAUGGUCACGAGAAGCUAAUGCCAGAGGAAACGCUGGAAACGUUCUUUCCUUUUGAUCCAUUUAUACUGCCAAUUUCGAACAAGUUUAUAGACCGCAUCUAUCUAGUCUAUAAGGUGCAUGAGCUGGACGAGUCGGCAGACUAUACACCCACUGAGAUAUUGAGACGAAAACGCGGCGACUCCGAAAUGGUGGAAGAGGACGAUUUCAUACUGGCAGAUAAGCGACAGAAGCUAAGCGAGUUGUCCAAAAGCCAGCAGUUUGACAAGCAGUUUUACUACGGCACAUCUCCGGGCUUUAAUCAAUAAUCGAUACUUUUUAGUUACAAGAAUGUAUGAUAUUUAUGAAAUAUAUAUAUAUUUAAUAUAUACUCAA